GAGAGCGGCCGAUGGUCUCUCUCUCUCUUUAUUUACACUCUAUCGUGUCUAGUAGACAACACAACCCGACCGCGACUCAGUGUAUGAGCCUCGAAACAGUAAAGAAAAAACCCAGACGAAAAACAUAUUUUUUUAAUAAAUAAAAACUAAAACGACAAGUGUUUUAUUGUGAUUUUAACCGUGUUUACCUUAAAAAUGGCUGCCACUAAUGUAACGUGUCGCGCCUUGGUUUUGCUCCGACUAGAAAUUACCCGUGGUCUGAGUGUUGCGUCCUUGGCUACUCCCCGAAGAUACCACAAUGAAACAUGGUGUAAACGAUGGUGGCAUAUCUCGCAAAGAGGUCUCUCAACAACAACAAGUACUUUUGGACCAACUAUCAGCCCCAUUCUUAGUAAAGAACAGAAAGAGUCUAAAGACACGAAACACCAAAGUCAACAUCAACAAAAAGCUUUGAAGGAUUCCAAAAAUGAAAAGGAUCAUCCUGUUGAACCUGACAGUACGACUCAAUCAGGUGUUACAAUUGAUUUCCAUCGAGGGUUCCCGCGAAUCACGGUACCUCUGCCAUCACGAAAAGAAAAGUGCAUCUUCAGCCUCAAACCAAUAAGCCACACAGUGGGAGAUUUUAUUCACAUGUUGAAAGCAGAAGACCGUGGAAUAGACAGAGCAUGUAUUACGACAUUAGAGGGUCUCAGAAUAUCCAGUCACAACACGAUAGAGUCACUUUUAGAGAGCGACUUUAGACUAGUCAUCAACGACGUGACUUACGAUGUCUCGCCACCUGAACAAGAAAAGUACACCAUGGAGACGAUGCAAAAAUUGUCGGACGUUCAAGUUACGGUGAGCCAACUGUACGAAACUCUCCAGUGUACCGAGCACAAUUCGAUUUUAGAAAGAGAAGUGAUAGCUGAGCUGGAGCAGGUGAUGUUGGAGCUGCAGCCACUGGAAGAAAAAAAAAUGGAGCUAGAGGUGGCUGCUGAAAGACGAGCGAACCUUCACUCUUGGAUAGGACUCGUUGCCAUGGCUGUGCAGUUUGGAAUCCUUGCAAGGUUGACCUGGUGGGAGUAUUCGUGGGAUAUUAUGGAGCCCGUGACCUACUUCGUAACAUACGCUACGGGCAUGCUCUGUUAUAUCUAUUUCGUCGUAACAAGACAAGAGUACAUGCUACCAGAAGUUAUGAACAGACGGUACUUAAAAGCAUUUCACAGACGAGCCAAAGCAGUGGGACUUGACUUAACCAGGUACAAUAUGCUCAAGGAUCAGGCCUACGAGCUUGAAACAACUCUGAAAAUAAUUCGUGGUCCUUUGUGGAAUCAUAAGAACAAAGUCGAGCAAAAAUUACGGCAAAAAAUGAGAUCAAGUAGCAGCAGCUCAAGCUCUAGUUCACGUUCUCGCUCACCAAGUUCAAGUCCUAGUCAAGAAAAAACUAAACCCACGUGAAUUAAAUAAUUAAAUAUAAAUCUUUCAUGACGUAAUUAUUUAAAUAAUAAUUAUGACUAACGACUGGCUUUAUUUAUCUAUUUUUUUAAAGCACCUACGAUUUUAUUAUUGUAAUUAUUAAUUAUAAUUAUUAUGUAUGUUUGACGAACGCUCAAUCCAGUAGACACUAUACAUCGAAUAACAUUUAGUAAAUUUAUUGAUGAUAAUUGAUAAUGGAAGGAAAAAUUUAAGGAUCAAUAACUAUUAUUGAUAGAGUCCUCAAUGGACUUUUGGUAUCGAUCGAUAGAAACUUAUUCUCCAUAAUUUGCGCAUAUCUCCAACAAUCUCUUUUAAGUCUUUGUCUUUAAAAUUGACCAAAAAUAUAAUACUUAAAUUAAUUAUUCCGCAUUGUCUGUGGAAUUAGUCUCACCCACGGGGCCAUUAAUAAAUUACUUAACUCGCUAAAUAAAAUCGCUAAAAAUGAAAUUUCUUAUUAUUAAUCAAUCAAUUCAAUAUAUUAUUGUCAUCAUCAAUAUUAGUCAUAUUAUUUUUAUUAUCGUUGAAAUAGUUUUAAAUGUGAUUUAAAUGUACUUUGAUAAAUAUGAUCUUCCACAAGUUAAUAACGAUUAUCAUUUAUACUUCAAGCAUUAUUAUACUGAUUUUAUGUUCAUAUUGUAUAGGUGUUGGUUAUAAGCAUAGUCGUUAUAUUUAAACUUCAAUUACAAUUUUGAAAUAUUAAUUUGAAAAAUAGUUUUCAAAUGAAAAAAAAAAAAAAAAAAAAAAAAUAAUAAUUUGUAAAUAAGUAUGGUUAUUAUGAAAUCAUGUUCAAGUAAAAUAUUUUUAAUUUAUUCUUAAUUGUAAUUAUUAUUAUUAUUCUGAUAAAUAUUGUGUUUGACGUCAUAAAUUGUUGUGCCAAUUUUCGUGGUUGCUCUAGUCGAAUUUUGAUAUUAUUUUCUACCUCGAAAUAAUAACCUCGUAUAUGUUAUUGAUGUCAUCAUAACGAAUAGAAGCUCUAAUAGAGAUAUUAAAGGAUUAAAAUUGAUGCUCUAUUAAUCAGUAAGAAAAAACAUCAACGCUUAUCAAUUAUUACUGUAUACAGAAUCAGUGUUUUCUUUUUAAUUAUUAAUGAUCUUUAGUUUAUAGCCUUCUAACAUACACUUGUCAUAAUCAUAAUUAAAUAUCUAACUAUAGAUUUAUAAAUUUUGUUGUUAAUAUUUUAAACUUAAAAUUGUUAAAAAAAAAGUCCUAUACUAUUCUGAAAUUUUUUCUUCAUCAUAUAUUAUUAUACUAUAGAAAUAUCUUUCACAUUUUAUCCGUCCGCGUAUAGAUACGUGAUCUAAAACCGGCAUAAUUAGACAAGCACAAUGCUUUUGCACAAAUAAGAAAAUUAAAAAUAACUAUAUUAAAAACUUAAAAAUAUAUUGGUAUGAUUUUUCUAGUUACAAAUUUAUGUCUUCUGUAAAAAUUUAAAUUUAAAUAAAAUUUUAAGCAGAUAAUAGGUAAUCAAUUUUAAUAAAUCAUUACAAUUCAUGACUCAUUUACGCACUUAGUCUCGCACUCAACUUGAACUUUUAUGUAGGGUUAAUAGUUAUAUAAAUUUCACCGUAAUCAAAUAAUUAUACAAUUAUAAAAUAAAAAAUUAUAAUGACAGAAGAAAAACACUUACAAUGUACAUUAAAAUAUUUAUUUAAUAUGCAUCGCACAAUCUUCACGCGUUCAUUUAUAUUUGUAUUUGUGAGUAAAAAUAAAACAAUUAUUAAGUAUGUUAAGUAAAAAAAGAAAUUGUUUCAGCUGUUAAUCAUUGUAAUUAAUGUAUUAAGUUGUAAAUUGUAUUUAUAUUUUUGCUAUAUGUGUAUUUUUCAGUUAGAAUAUUAAAUAGAAAAAAAAAUGAAAAAUUAAUUGAACGAAAAAAUAUGAAUAUUGUUCAACUGAAAUCUGUUAUUGUAAAAUAUGACAUUAUAGUUAAUCGAUAAUUGAAUACUUGAUAAAUCAAUCGGAGGAUAUAAUAAUUAAUUAAUAAAUGCACAUAUUUUGGUGCCAAUACUACUAAUUAAAUUCCAUUAAUUUUUUAUUAAAAGUUUAUUUUCAAAUAAAUGUUUUCCAAUAGUCAAAAUAAACUUAUGGAUAUAUGUAAUAAUUUUAAGUAAACAAAAUGCAAAUUACAAUUGUAAAUUAAUAUUAGUUGUAUUGUUUUUAGUAUUGCAAACACUCUAUGCCACAGCUAUUUUAACUCGAGCUUGUUUAAAAAAUGCCUAAUAUAAAA